UCUGGUCUCUGAAGUCCCCUAUCUUGAUUACCUAUUGGCACACACAAAAUGGCGUCCACCGAGUCUAUUGAGACUUCGCCGGUGGAGUACACGACCGAAGAGGUCGCUUCCCACAGCAGCGCCUCAGACAAUUGGAUGAUCAUCCAUGGCGAAGGUUAGUACCUUGGGGACUGGGAUGUGGGCAGUCCCAGGCGCUGUCGGUUGCUAACGAAGCCACAGUCUUUGACGUCUCCCAAUACCUCGAGGACCACCCUGGCGGGGCCGACCUGCUCAAAGAAGUCGCCGGCACCGACGCCACCGAGGCUUUCGAUUAUGCGGGACACUCCGAGGACGCCCUGGACAUCAUGCGCGAACUGUGCGUCGGCGUGCUUAAGGGGUACAAGAAGCCAGCCCCCAAACGAUCUGUCCCGAUUCCACGCGUCGUCGAGCCGGCUGCCAAGGCCCAGCCGCCCUCCGGUUCUCCAUCUGCGAAGGCAUUGACUGCAGCAGCCGGUGUCGCAGCAGUCUUGUGUACUGCUGCUUACUACCCCCUUCAUCCCAGCAUACUCAAGCUCUCCAGAGGGCUCGGCAUCUUCAAGGACCCGAAAGGACUCCAGACGGCGCACGGCCUUUCGCAUCUUGGCAUCACCGGCGGCUUCCCUGCGGGCUUCCUCGCCGCCUCAGCGCUGACCGCGAUUUUCGCCGCUGCAUCCCUUCGCCAGCUCUCCAAACUCACCCAAAUCCACUCGGGUUUCACGCAGUAUCCCCCGCACAAACCCUCCACCAAGCGUCGGAUCCGGUCAUCAGCCAACGAACGCCCCUUCCUCAACCCGCAAACCUACCAACGCCUCCCCCUCAUCCGCAAAGACACCCUCGCACGAGGCGUCCUCCGCCUCUUCUUUGCCCUGCCCACGCCCACCACCACCCUGGGCCUGCCCACGGGCCAGCACGUCUCGAUCCGCGCCGUCAUCGACGGCAAGCCCGUCUCGCGCUCCUACACGCCCGUGUCCAACGACAGUGACAAGGGCGUGCUCGAACUCGUCGUGCGCGUCUACCCCGAUGGUCAACUCACGUCGCGGUACCUGGCGCGCCUCCGCGACGGGGGCGUCGACAGCGUCGAAUUUCGCGGCCCGAAGGGCGCCAUGCGCUAUCACCGUGGCUGGGCGAAAAGAAUUGGCAUGGUGGCUGGUGGGACUGGGAUCACGCCCAUGUACCAGGUCGUGCGGGCGAUUUGUGAGGAUCCCGAGGAUGAGACCGAGGUGAGCUUGGUGUAUGCCAACAGGAGGGAGGAGGAUAUUUUGCUCCGGGAGGAUCUGGAGGCGCUGGCGGCGAGGUGUCCUGGCAAGCUGAGCAUCUGGUACAUGCUGGAUAUCGCGCCCGAGGGGUGGGCGUACGGGGCGGGGUUUGUGUCGAGGGAGGUGGUACAGGACAGGAUGCCGCAGCCGGGUGAGGGGAGCAAGGUCAUGCUGUGCGGGCCGCCGGGUAUGGUGAAUGCCGUCAAGGGGUUGUUGACUGACAUGGGUUACAAGGCCCCUGGCCCGGCGGGCAAGAUGGAGGAUGACAUUUUCGUGUUUUGAGGGGAUUCUCGUGUUCUGAGAGGGGAAGAGUGAAUGCAGAGUUAUCAUUGUUCAUUAUUGGACUGGGAACACUUACGAUGAGUUGCGGCUAGGUUUGGCGACAAAGAUAGAUAAAAGAUAGAUCCGACGAUCAAGAGAUCAUCUAACCUGACGU